AGUUUAGGUCUGGCACUGCCCAUAAAUUAUUCGUGCUCGUGUCGGGCUGGCCCAUUUAUUUCGUGCCCGUGCUCUAAACGUGUCGUGCUAGCCCGUGGGCGGCCCAGCUGGUGCCCACGUACAGAUUGGAUUUUGUUUGCUUUUCUAAAACUCAACUCAAAUUUUACCGAACCCAUUAUCUGUAACAUCGAUCAAAUCUCCUUGAAGAAUCAUAUCAAACGCUUUUUGUUGGAUCCACUUCCCUUGUAAUAGAUUUUGUUUGUAGCAAAUGUAUGGGGAGCGGAUACCGUGUAUAACUUUGUUAUGCAUGACACUGCACAACCCUACACUUAUUAUUUAUUGAGUGAACAUGACUUUCUCUCGUUGUGACUCAUCAACAGCUACUACUGACCACUAAUAAAAAUGUAAAUGUAUAUAUACAUAUAUAGAUUCAUUUCAAUACCAUAAUCCAUAUUAUUAUAUUAUAUUAUUAAAAGUACAAGCCCUUUUCACGGUUCAUUAAAAAAAAUAGGCUAUUUUUCUCCACGGGGUACUGUUCACGAUAGGGUUUUAUCCAAUAUAACUCAAUAUUACCAUAAGCCCUUUUUUCUCCUUUUCUGCAAUAUUAUUCAUAUGAGUUUUAUUCUCUACAACCACUUCUACCAUAAGUCUAUAUUAAUAAGCAGUUAUUAUUAGACCACAUAUUUUGAAAUAUUUAUGUCACAACAUUCAAUAAAAGUUAUAGAAAUUAAAAAUUCGUCAAUGUUACUUACUAUAACUUGAUUAUACUAUUAGACCACACAUUAUGAAAAAUUUAUGUAAUAACGUUUUAUAAUUUUACAUGAUUUUUUCUUAAUAAUUAAGAGACAAACAACAAUGUAGGAGAUUUGUUUGUAUUGUUGUGGUUUGCGAAGGGACAAAAGAGAUGUGUUGAGUUGGGGGAGAAAUGUUUUCUUGCUCGUUAUAUGCAUAAGAUUGCGUCUCUAUGUGAUUUAGGGAUAAGAGAUUCAGAAACUGUGAUAAAAGGUAAUGUUUGCACUUUGUAAUUUGAUUUAGUUAGAUUUUAAUAUUAAUUGGUGAAGUUGUGAAUUUUUCUCUAUGUCUUUUGUGCUUUGGUUUCUCAUAUUCGGUUAGUUAGUAUUUGGCUCAUUGCUAUUAAUUCGGGCAUUUGUCCAAUAUGAUAACAUAUUAUGAUCGGUAGAGCAUUUUAUCCUACAUAUAUUAUUUUAUAUAAAAAACUUAUUGAUAUGAAACAAUUGAAUCACGAUCGUACCACAAAAUACCCUAUCAUAAACUAAUAUGAUAUGAUCUCCGGUUUGGUUUUCAAUACCUGGUAACCACUAACCAUGAUACUUAUACAUAUGUGAAAAGGCCGGUCUAAACACAUUGCUACGGGCUGGACCCUGUUCUCUUGAAAUCAAUUUGGCCCUUAAAGAAUAUAUUAUCUACCAAUGGAAUAGCAUUAGCAAACAAGGCUCAGGGCCCAGCCCACGCUCGACUUGCAUACAGACAAACAAAGUAGAACUUACGCUUCGCCUCUCUGGUUAUGCCCUUGCGUCGCGACGAACGGAAGACAAAUCCGACAUCGGAGCCCCGCUAUAUAAUUUGCUCCAUUUUCAGCUCUCCCUCCUUCCUUCUUCCACCAGUCUCUUCUCUGCGCUGCAGUUCUAUCCAUCGACGCAGAGAGGCACUGCGAUUUGUGUAUCUUCGUCACUUCCUAGCUUGAUUUGAUCUUCUUCGACUUUCGCCGGGAGAGAGGGACCUAAAAGUUAUGUCCUCCAACCCAAGGGUCACCAUCACUCUCGGCCGCUCUGGUCAGGUGGUGACUAAGGAAGGUAAACGGCCUCCAGGGGAAGGGUCAUGGAUGUCUUCCAGCAAACGGCAUCGAGGAGAUUGCAUGAAAUGGAGUCCUGGUCUCUCUGGUGAGAAAGGAUCUCGAAUCGCUAGUAAUGAUCUCCGCUUGAAGCUCAUUCAUAAAAGGCAAUUGAAGAGAUCUCACAAUGUUGUGAAAUACUCCCAAAAAAUUGCAGUACAUCCAACAUCAUCAAGAUCCAAUGAAGCCCCUAUGAGUAAUAGAACUCAGAGCAGGCCUUCUUCCAGUAGUCAAUAUAGCGAUUUGAGGCCGCCAACUUAUCCUGAAGAAUAUGCUAGUGAGAAUGGGAUAACCUACUCUUCUCAGUUUGCUGUGGGAGGAUCAAGAAGAGCAAGGUACCCCGAUAGAAUAUCCAGACCUACUCGUGAGCUCUCCCCACCCAGAAUUUCAAUGCAGUCAAAAGCGCGGUUCUAUCUAGAAGCGCUUGGGUGAUCUAGAAGCGUAAAACCGUAAGCUUUUAAGCUUUAAAGCGUAGAUUUUGGCUACAUUUGUAAGGGAAAUCACGAUUCUACAUAGAAGCGUUUUAGUGACCUAAAAAGGUAAAAGCGUAAGCUUUUAAGUUUUAAAGCGCAUUUUGACUGCAUUGCAGAAUUUCCAGUCAGGCACAACGAAUGGCGCCACUUAGGGCAGGUGAUUUAUCAAGCAGCGAAAGUUUGAUCCAUAAUGCUGGUGUUCAGAAUGCGCCACCGCCUAGGUCAUGGUUAACAGGAUCUUCACCUCUUAUAACAAUGAAACAUGUUCCUCAAACAAGCGGUGCUGCUGUUCCACGAGUUGCACAGACAUUAGGAACUAUGGAACAUAUCUCUCAUAAGGUAAUUACAUAUUUAUAAUAUGUAUAAGUUACAUAUUACAGAUCUUCGACCUUAAGGUUUGAUCCACUAUCUUGGUUUAUAAUUAGUGCCUUUAUGCAAUUCAUGAACAUGUUACUGUGGCGGAUUUGUUGCAUUCACUUGGACUGGGGAAAUAUUGCAUCAGCUUUCAGGCAGAAGAAGUAAGUGUCAUUACUUAAUUUUUUGUUGCUUAGAGUUUCUGUCGGAUACUGGGCUCGCCUUUUAGGUUGUUUGGGUUGUUCGCUAUCAGUAAUCUUUGACCCACAUAUGCUGCCACAAAAUAAUCCUAUGGUAUAUCUUGUAGUAUAAUUCUGUGUCUGGACAUGAUUCUUCCUUUUUUUUCUUUCUGUUUUUUUUUCCCGGGUGUUAUUGAUUAUGUGGAUUUUCUCCUGAUACUUUGGUAAUUGCAUUGUCUAACAGGUGGACAUGGCUGUACUGAAGCAGAUGGGGGAGAAAGAUCUUAAAGAUAUGGGCAUACCGAUGGUAAUGCUUUUCUCUCACUAUAGGCUGUAUUACAGUUUCAGAUCAAUAUGCUCAACAAGUUUUAACUCUUGUGUUGCUGACUUUGUUAAUGUGACCGAACCAACUGGUUGAGGACAAUCAUCUUCUAUCAACUGUUGCCAAUUUACGAGAAAAUAGUUAAGAAUAGGAUUCCAUGGUGGUAGUUUUUGCAUAGUCUUUACUUAUUUAAAAAAAUCCUUAUCCAGAUUACCAUCGUACGUACAAGAAUGCUGUUAUUGUUGCUUGACCCAGCCAGUUCAAAACAUUGACGUUUUCCAUUUGUCUAACUGAAAACUAUGGUUCUCGGGUUCUUUUGCAGGGUCCAAGAAAGAAGAUCCUUCUUGCUCUACUGCCUCCUCCAAAAAAGCGGGCUUCAUGAUUUUGUCAAUGUGCUGCCUCCUCUCACAAAGGUCACACGACGAAGGUGCUCCUUGUUUUGUUUUUGAAGGUUGUAAUUGUAUUAACAGAUCCCUUUAGACGGUGGAGAGAUUGUAGAUCAUAUGAUCACUGAAAAGGGGGUGGAAGAUUGACGUGUAACGAAAUGAAUAUCAAAUACAAAU